GGGCAAGGGGACGCAUGCGUCCUUGUUUUUUUACCUUUUCCUUUUUCUUCUUUCUUUUCUCUUCUGUUACUUUCUGACCGCGUCUAACAUUAUUAUCACGUCUACCGGUACAAGUCAUUAUUGUCAUGGACAGCGCAGCACGAUACGAUAGGCAGCAUAUAAACGAUGAUGCAGAAUCCAUGGUUUCCUCUACACCAACGCUGAUCCAGCCACCGCCAGAAGAACAUCGGCGUUUUCUACGACACAAUGGGAAUGAUGGAUUACACAACUUUACAGAUCUACACGACGUCGAGGAACAACACGAGCAUGAAAUGCAGGCUCCAUCGGAAACCUCUGUACAACGCAGGGACGGAUUCAUGCGACUUGAAUCGAACGGCAACUUGCGAGAUAUUAGUAAUAAUGGCGGUAGCAAAUGGGCCACACUACGAAGCAUCAUGAUGGGUCCUACUUCACGACCGUGGUUUACAUGGUUAUCGGCCACCGCAAUGAUCGUCACGAUGGUGUUUGCACUUGCCAAGCAUCACGAUAUAUCCGGAAGCAUGCUAGAAACGCAACCAUUCAAUCCCAUGAUUGGACCCUCAUUUACAAUUCUGAUCAACACCGGUGCACGGUAUACACCGUGUAUGCGGCCUUUACCAGACUACCAAGCAAGCACUGUGAUAGACUCUUGUUUGUCGAAAAAUGCAACCUGCACCUUGGAACAAUUAUGUGGUGGUAGCGGCAGCAGUAACCAAGGCUACCGUCUCCUUAGUCCUAUUUUUAUACAUGCAGGCCUUCUCCACAUCGUCGUGUGUCUGUUGGCUCAUUUUCAAGUUGGUGCUACUCUUGAGCGCGACAUGGGCUUUCUAUCCUUUGGCUUUCUGUACUUGGUGUGUGGUAUCUGGGGUUUUGCGUUUAGUUCGCUCAUGUCGUCAGCCCAAACAGCGUCGAUGGGUUGUUCUGGAGCAUUGAUGGGGCUGGUAGGCUUUAUGAUGGUGGAAACAGUAAAGAACUGGAAGACUAUCCGACGUCGAACGCGUCGGCUGGCAAGUUUGUCGCUUUCGAUCAUACUCGCGUUCGUGUUUGGGAUAUUUCCUGGAAUUGAUAACUUCGCCCACGUUGGCGGAUUGGCGACAGGUAUAAUCAUGGGGUUCCUGCUGAUGUCGCCAGCAGCGUCAACGAGUCGAUGGAUCACAUGGGGGAUACGGGCUGCGGCGUUGACCGUGCUCGUCGUUGUAUUUGUCAUCAUGUUGUAUAUGUUUUACUCCGCCUACGAUCCAACCAAGAUCUGUCCAAAUUGUAGAUACUUUUCGUGUAUUCCAGUUAGCAACUGGUGUGAUAUUUGAAGUAAAAAUAAAUCUUGUAUACCAUAUGCCGC